UGAGACUAUAAAUGAGAGGUCUUCAGGGCCAGGACCAUGCCAAGCUUUAAGGAGAAGGCAAAGUCUUCAGGCCUCCAUCUGGUCAUGUGAUGACCUCAAGGAUUGUGUCCAGUGGCACAACAGCCAUUGGGGAGCUGGGUUUUGAGCGGGUUCAUUCCACACAUAGAAGGAUGGUGUCCCAGUCCACAGGCCAUCGGGACUCUCCUGUGGAUGCCUGUGAAGGGACCAGCUGUGCCUUUGAGGACACUGAUGGCUUGCCUGGCCUCCUGGACACUGGCCACCCCCCUGGCCAAUUAGAUGUGAGGCUCAUGAGGCACAAAGCUUCUUGGAUCAACCCACCGUGUGUGCAGGAGGAGCCGCUACGAGACUUAUGCCCCCAGAGAGCAACAGUGCGGAGCAGUAGGAAACACGUGGUGGUGGACACUCCCUCUCCCUUGGGCCUUCCGCUUUUGCCCCACAGGGACUUCCUGGCUGAGACACCAUUGUCAGAGGACACCGCUGACGCCAUCUGCAGCAGCUCUGCUCAUGGCACCGAGGGAAAGAAUGGCGACUUCUCCUCCCCCACUCCAGAAGAGCAAGAGGUUCAUCGUCAGCACGGAUCUCUGCUCAAAAACCCCAAGACUGUGGUGACUUCCCUGUCCCCUAGGGGGGACAGUGCCCGUUCUGAGUCUCUUCGUUUGACAGCUUCUGCAGAUGACGGUGCUGCUAGGAGCAGCAAAAGAAGCCAUUCUUGGAAUUUCAUCCCACCAGAGACAUUCACCCUGCCCCUUGACGUGGAAAAGGAAGAUGUCCACUUUUAUGCUGCAGACAUGAUUAUCGAAGUAAUGGAGAACACGAAAUGCAGCCUCCUGAGUCGGCAGAGGCCAGAGAGCUGGGCCACAGAAGAAGCCAGCAGGUCACAUGGGAACGAUCAGACUGAUGCUGAGGUGACCUUUUAUAGCCAUGCAAAGCAGGAGCCAGGGUCCUCCGCUUCUUCGGACCGUGGCCAUGAAGAGCUUGAGGAAUCCAAUGACAUCAUGGAAGGCUGCAGACGCUUCUACAACUUUUUAAAAAGUGUAACUGGCAAGUCGGACUUCAGUCCCGCUGGGCUGCUAGCCAGAAAGCUGCUCCACGAAUUCUGGAAGUGCCAGAUGCUGUCAGAAGUCAGUUUCCAUCGGCUGCCAGGCUCCGUGACAGCAGCCAGCUCAGGAGUUGGGAACGAAGAGCAUGCUGGGGAAGACUUUGACUCCAGUGUGGAGGCAACACAGGAAAUCAUGCUUAAGUCUAGAGCCCCAGGGACCGAAGACUGGGUGCCACCCGGAUGCCAGGUCAUCCUUACUGUUCAUCCGCCAGUCAAAAGGGACAUAGCAGUAGUGGCCCAGAAUUUCUUCUGUGCUGGAUGCGGAACUCCGAUACAGCCCAAGUUUGUGAAGCGGCUCCGGUACUGUGAGUAUCUGGGGAAGUACUUCUGUGACAGCUGCCAUUCAUCUGCAGAGUCCUCUAUCCCUGCGCGGAUCCUGAGGAUGUGGGACUUCAGGAAGUACCAAGUCAGCAAUUUCUCUAAAUGGCUACUGGACAGCAUAUGGCACCAGCCUGUCUUCAACCUGUUGGGAAGGCAUCACAGCCUCUACACAAAAGCCAAGGAACUGGAUAGGGUGAAGGACAUCCAGGAGCAACUUUUUCACAUCAAGAAACUUUUGAAGACUUGCAGGUUUGCCAACAGUGUGCUGAAGGAGUUUGAGCAGGUUCCCAGCCACUUGACUGAUGAGUGCCACCUGUUCUCCAUGGAGGACCUCUUCAGGACCAAGAAAGGACUGCUGGCACCCUUGUUCAAGGACAUCCUGAGAGCUUCUCUUGCCCAUGUGGACAGCUGUGAGGGUGCAGGGCUUGCUUCCACAAAGAGUGUUUCCAGUCUUCAAGGUGCCCCCGCUGUGCCAGGAUCACAGCUCGGAGACAGCAUUUGGAGAGCCUGCCCUCUGCAGCUCCGUGAUGGCCCCGAGAGUCGUUGCAAACACCCUGUGAUGAUGCCAAAUUGUAUCUGCUCCCGGUAACACUGUUUCAGAUACUAAGUAUCUGAAUUCCACUCUUGUAUGUAUUUAAUGCUUUCAGGAAGCGUGGAAGUUUUGUUAUUAUGUAUAGGGGUGUUGGUAAGGGUUUGUUUACAAAUGUUUGACUUUUUUUUUUUUUUCUGCUACUGGCUGUUUUUAAAGAAUUUUUUUUUUCACACUUCAAUUGCACUGGGAUAAUUGUUUUUAGCUACAUACAGAACCUACUGGGUUUUUUUAUGGACUGUAACUGACAAGGUGAAGGUCUUAAUUCCUCUUCCUUCAGAGUUGUUUGCGCAAUGGGUUGGCACUGUAAUGGAACGAUGUGGCAGGGGAACUCUGUUUGGCCAAGCUUUUGUUCCUUCAAGAAAAAGACUCCUCUUGAAUGGCGUUUUGUCCUUGUGCCGGUCUCCGGUUUUAUUCGCUCCAUGGCUUGCCUCGAAUACAUGCCAACUCUACCCUUCCGGUCCUUUCUGGAUGACUGCUUCAGCUGCCCACGGAGGUCCAGGGGAGCUGUCAUUUGGAGCAGCUGCCUCUAGAUGGCGCUGUUUGAUGAGUUAGUUUCAUGAGAUCACCCUUUGCCAUCUCAGUCCCAUGCUAGUCCUGAUAGUCUGUGCUAAACCAAGGGAGUCAGAGACCACAGCUCCAUUCUAGCUUUUCAUGAUCUAGCUUCCCGGGCAUACAAAAACAGAACACAGACUCUGAAAGAUGAGCAUGGUGACACGAACAUGUAAUCCCCGCAUUUAGGAAGCAGAGGCAGAGUUAAAAUUAAGACUCUCUGCACUAACAUGGAAAAUUCGAGGCCAGCCUAGGUCGCAUUCGACUUGUACUUUUUGUCUUUUUGUAAUCUGAAAAGAAUGGAGU